GGGCAGUCACAAGAUGGCGGCGAACGCAAACUCUGCCGGUGGCGGCGGCGGUGGCGGUAGCCUCCCACUCUUUGACUGUCCGACCUGGGCAGGAAAGCCUCCACCAGGGUUGCACUUGGAUGUAGUCAAAGGAGACAAACUUAUUGAGAAACUGAUCAUCGAUGAGAAGAAAUACUAUCUCUUUGGGAGAAACCCCGACCUGUGCGACUUUACCAUAGAUCACCAGUCAUGCUCUAGGGUCCAUGCUGCUUUGGUCUACCAUAAACAUCUGAAGAGAGUUUUUCUUAUAGAUCUCAACAGCACACACGGCACGUUUUUAGGCCAUAUUCGUUUGGAGCCUCAUAAGCCACAACAGAUUCCCAUUGAUUCCACGGUUUCCUUUGGUGCCUCCACGCGGGCCUACACCCUGAGAGAAAAGCCUCAGACAUUGCCCUCGGCGGUGAAAGGAGAUGAGAAAAUGACCAGCGAAGACGAUGAACUCAAGGGCUUGCUUGGUCUGCCAGAGGAAGAAACAGAGUUAGAUAACCUGACAGAGUUCAAUACGGCCCAUAACAAGAGGAUUUCCACACUGACAAUAGAAGAAGGGAAUUUGGAUAUCCAAAGACCAAAAAGAAAACGAAAGAACUCAAGAGUAACAUUCAGUGAUGAUGAUGAAAUCAUUAACCCAGAGGACGUGGACCCUUCUGUUGGACGUUUCAGAAACAUGGUACAGACUGCAGUAGUUCCAGUGAAGAAGAAGCGGAUGGACAAUUCUGGCUCCCUGGCUGUAGAUGAGGCUGCAACACGUCGCAUGCAGAACUUUCCCUAUGGUGGAGGACUGUAUGGAGGCCUGCCUCCCACCCACAAUGAGGCAGGUGCCCAGACCCACACCAUUCACGGCACAGCGCUCAUUGGGGGGUUACCAAUGCCCUAUCCUAAUCUUGCCCCAGACGUGGACUUGACUCCAGUUGCCCCCUCCACUGUUGCCAUGAACCCAGCUCCCAACCCUGCCGUCUUUAAUCCUGAAGUUGUGAAUGAGCCCAAGAAAAAGAAAUACGCAAAAGAAGCAUGGCCAGGCAAGAAGCCGACCCCUUCUCUCUUGAUCUGAAGAGCCAAUCUGAGUCUGUUCCGGGAGG